AAAUAUCAGUGAAUGUGACAACACGUACUACUCCUAUAAUAUAUUCUCUACGACAACUAAAGAGUCUACUUAAGCAUAGAUAAUUGGAUAAUUUGGGUGCUUAUCCCUAAAUGCAGAUAAACAGAAAUCUCACUCGCGCGCAGUCAGAAGUCAGAACUGAUCAGAGCUGCAAUGAUGGAGCUCGCCACCGCCUGGCCAUGGACAUCGCUCCUCCUGCUCGCCACCCUCCUCUUCUUUCUCCACAACCGUACCCGUCAAGGAGGCGGCAGGACGAAGAAGACGAACAAGGGGCUUCCUCCGGGCCCGCCGGGGCUGCUCUUCCUGGCCAGGUUCCUGGCCCUCCGGCGGUCCAUCUUCCACCUGGGCCCGCUCCUCCGCGACCUGCACGCGCGCCACGGGCCAGUCAUCUCCGUCCGCCUCUUCAACCGCACGCUCAUCUUCGUCGCCGACAGAGGGGUGGCCCACCGCGUGCUGGUCCAGGGCGGCGCGGCCUUCGCGGACCGCCCGCCGCUCGCCGAGCCCGGCCGCCUCUUCACCUCGGGCGCCCGCGACAUCAGCACCUCACCCUACGGUGCCUACUGGCGCCUCGUCCGCCGCAACCUCGCCGCCGAGGCCCUGCACCCGUCCCGCGUCGCGCUCUUCGCGCCCGCCAGGCGCCGCGCGCGCGACGCGCUCCUCGGCGACCUCAGCACGAGUAGCAGAAACGAUGCCGACGGGGUUGUCACCGUGAGGCGGGCGUUCCGGCGCGCGAUGUUCGAGCUCCUCCUGCAAAUGAGCCUCGGCGCCACGCUUUCACCGGCGGCAAUCGAGGAGGUCCAGGAGCUGCAGCUGAGCAUCCUCCGCUCCAUCACCAGCUUCCCGAUCUUCUCCUUCUUCCCGAGGAUCACCAAGAGGCUCUUCCGGGCGCGGUGGGAGGGGUACGUGGCCGUGCGCCGGAGGCAGGACGAGAUCUUCCUCCCGCUGAUCCACGCCAGGCGAGAGCGGCGAGACCUUGCCGACGGCGGCCCGCCGUGCUACGCCGACUCCCUCCUCGCGCUGCGCGUGGCCGAGGAAGGCGGCCGGGCGCUGACGGACUCCGAGGUGGUCAGCCUCUGCUCCGAGUUCCUGAACGCCGGGACGGACACCACGGUGACCGCGCUGGAGUGGAUCAUGGCGGAGCUGGUGAGCCACCCGGACAAGCAGGCCAAGGUGUACGAGGAGGUGAAGGCCAAGCCGGAGGAGCUCAGUGACGGCGACCUGGAGGCCAUGCCGUACCUGAAGGCCGUGGUGCUGGAAGGGCUGCGGCUGCACCCGCCGGGCCACUUCCUCCUCCCGCACGGGGUGCAGGGCCACGGCGCCGAGAUCGGCGGCCACGCCGUGCCCAAGGGCGCGGAGGUCAACUUCCUGGUGGCCGACUUCGGGCGCGACGAGGAGGCGUGGUCGGCGGCGCGGGAGUUCCGGCCGGAACGGUUCAUUGAGGGCGGCGAGGGGCACGGCGUGGACGUGACGGGGAGCAGGGAGAUCAGGAUGAUGCCCUUCGGCGCCGGCCGUAGGAUGUGCCCCGGGUACACGCUGGGCAUCCACCACGUCGAGUACUUGAUCGGCAGCCUGGUGAGGGAGCUCGAGUGGCUGCCGGCGGAGGAGGUGGACUUGGCCGAGGAGCUGGAUUUCACCACCGUCAUGAAGCAUCCUCUCCGCGCUCGCGUCAUCCCAAGGACUUGAUCGUGUUACUGCAAUACUAUUAGCUAGCACUAGUGGUGAGACUCUGUUCUAUAAGAAUCAGAUAUAUUCAGAAAAAUCAACUACUGAUCACUGAUCAGGCAAGGUGAUCUUGGGAAAUAAAUUGUACAGAACAUAUUUAUGUUAAUACAUGUUGAGCUUAAGAUAUAUAGUACCAGAACAAACCCAUAUUUGCUA